CCCCAUCCUCUUCAUUCUCAUCGAGUCUCCCCCCUCACUCAGUAAUCCCCCAAAUCUCUAAAAACCCUUAACGAGCUCUCCCCUCGAUCUUCUCUUCGUCUCCCUCCUCUUCGCGGCGAUUUCGAUUAGGGUUCUCGCUCCGGUAAUGGAUUUCAUCUCAUCGUAGAGAGGAGCAUCUCCGCAUUUGAACGCCAUGGGGGAGCGCUCGCUGUUGCUUCUCUUCGUUCUCGGAUGCGCCUUCGGAGCCAUUCGCGCUAGCGAGGGCGAAGCUGAUCCUCUCUACAUAACGUGUACCAACCAAUGUGAGAAGACGGGAACCCUGCAAGAUGUCUCCAUUCAGCACUGCCAGGUUUCAUCCGAUAGCUUACUGCCCAACAAUCCAUGGUACAAGCAAGAGCCGUUGUACCUGCGGUGGAAAGAAUUGAAUUGCAAGAGUGAAUGUCGAUACCAUUGUAUUCUGCAAAGAGAAAACGAAAGGGAAUCUCUUGGUCUCAGGCCUGUCAAAUAUCAUGGGAGAUGGCCUUUUAAGCGGGUUUUUGUGUUUCAGGAGCCUCUUUCUGCUGUCCUUUCUGCAUUGACUCUCCUGAUACACUUCAAUGGUUGGCUAUCCUUUGUUCUCCUCCUUUACUACAAGUUGCCUCUUAGGCCUGCAAGUGGUAGGACAUAUUAUGAGUUCACUGGCUUAUGGCACAUACACGGACUAUUGUCAAUGAACGCAUGGUUCUGGAGUGCAAUAUAUCACAGCAGUGUUUCCGAUUUGACGGAAAAGUUGUAUCAUUCAUCUAAUGCGGCUUUAGUUGGGUACUCACUCAUUCUGGCCGUUCUGCGAACUUUCAAUGUGAAGGACGAGGCUUCUAGGGUUAUGGUUGCUGCUCCAUUGCUGGCUUUCUUGACAACACAUAUAUUGUAUCUCAACUUCUACGAACUUGACUACGGUCUGAACAUGAAGGUAUGCCUAGCCAUAGGCAUAGCUCAAAUGCUUUUAUGGGCGGUGUGGUCUGUAGUAACUCGCCAUCCCUCGAGCAUCAAGCUGUGGGUAAUUGCUAUAGGAGCCACCCUCGCCGUUCUUCUCGAAAUCUCUGACUUCCCUCCAUACAAGGGUUACGUCGAUGCCCAUUCACUAACUCACGCUAUUGUGCUUCCUCUCUCAUUUCUCUGGUGGAGCUUCGUCAAGGAUGAUGCGGAGUUCCGCACCGCUGCACUCACGAAGAAAAUGAGUUUUACAGCAGGUUUUUGUACUCCCUAAUUAAAAUUUCAUGAAUUCUCUUGUCGGAGACCACUUUUUUUCUUGUGAAAAAUUGUACUAAAGUUCCCUUUCUUUUCCUACUGCACCUGAAAUUUGUUUUUUUUUUUUUUGUAGCUGUUUGUAAUCUGAUAACUAAUUUUAAAGAUGCUCUCUCUGCUCCUCUUUACCUGAUACCUGAAGGUGAACAAAUUUUUUUUUGUUAAUAAUGACUGUUGGGAAAUGUAGGAUUGAAUC